UCAACUCCUUGGUUACAUAUGCCACAUAACAUGUUCUUUUACCGUUUGCAAAUUCAUGCUGGAAUUGUCCUCUACGGAUAUUGCUGACAGUCAGGAGGAGGAUAUCAUCAAUCCAAGUGACAGUGAAGAUGACGGCGACUUUGAAAUCAUCGCUGAAGGCAUUGCUUCGACUGUGUCAAAGACCUUGGCAUCUGUAGACAACGGAGAGCCUCAGCUCGUUGUCGUCAAGACUUCUACCAUAAUCAAGAAGUGGGCGAAAGAGCCACACGAUAUCAUUAAGGAAUGCAGAAUUCUCGAAAGACUUUCUCAUCCUAAUGUUAUCCCGAUAUUCGACUCUCUGCUGGACCGAUCUCAGAAUACCAUGAACAUUUGGAUGCCCUACGUUCCGUACUCCCUUUCUGGUCUUUUAGACUCAGCGCGUUUUGUACCUACACCACAGCUAGAAGAUUCCUCGACUUCACAUUCCCAAGCCCAACACUCAAAAUUCCUUCACCUUGCUCGUUCCCUCAUGAUACAGAUUAUAUACGGCGUGACGUAUCUUCACGCACAAAGUAUCGCCCAUCGCGAUCUAAAGCCUGCCAAUGUUUUACUGACGGCGACUGGACGUGUGAUCCUUAUUGAUUUCGGAAUAUCCCGGGAUGGGGCAAAAGAUUAUUACGAGGAGUCACUGAGGAAUGGUGAUCUGUGGCCCGAGGCAAAAGACAGCAUGUAUUUCGAGGUCUCUACUGGUCCCUACCGCGCCCCAGAACUCCUCUUUGGAACGCGCUCUUACGAUGCGUACGCGAUCGACUUAUGGAGCUUAGGCGCAGUGUUCGCCGAGUUUUUUACACCGCUUGUUCCCUUGUCACCAACAUCUGAUGAUUUUCCUUCCUACCCUUCGUUCAUAACAUCGCCCUUCACAUCCGAUUCAAACUAUUCUGCAAAGCAUCCCCCCUCCCGCUACGCUCGUAGCCCUCUCUUCGACGCCUCUCGUGGCGAAAUUGGGUUGGCCUGGAGCAUUUUCAAAGUCUUUGGUACUCCACGGGAGCCCGUAAAUGAACAGGAAAAGGCUCAAAGCUGGGCAUGGUCAGGAUUCCAAGACCUCCCCGAUGCACAGAAAGUCGAAUUUACCAAAGUGGAUGGGGUGGAUUUGGAUCAUGUUUUACCGAAUCUGCCUACGGAAAACGUUGAAAACCCUGGUUCUGCAGUAGAUUUGAUUAAAUCUCUCCUUCGAUAUCCUCCUGAAAGGAGAAUGAAGGCAGAAGAUGCACAGCGACAUCCGUUCUUCUCCUGUGCCGAACGGCUGCUGCCGGAAGACUUCGAUUUCGAAGAGGAGAUGGAUAGGACAGGAAAGGUGUCACGAAUCGAAGCGAAUGGAGCUUAUAUGACCCUGGGCGAUCUGUUAUCAGAAGCAUUAGGGCUUGCUUAAGCUUUCAUUAUAUUGCAUGAGUUUGGUUUGGGUGAUUUUGGAGAUGUCCAAAGAGAAUACUUUUGUGCUAGUGUGGUUCACAACUGACCAUGACCACACGUGAAAAGUACGUUCAAAAUAAGUACUUCAAGAUGUAUGUACAGGACAACCAAUGACCUUGCCACUUGCAAUGGCUAUACCUCGGAAUUGGACAUUUUUUUGACGACUUUGAUUGAACUUGUUUUGUUUUAAGGGGGUUCCACAACAUCAUCCUUCACCUACAUAGCUAGUAUGGAGGCCCUGUACCCACUUGCAACGCAACACAUUUUUCAUCUAGAAUUCUAGUACAUUGACUGCCACCAAGCAAGGUGUGGUCCACGACAGCGGAGCCUAGCUAGUACACUCUUGUUCUUUCGUUUCCACCAUCAUGGGAUGACAAAAUUGUAC